AUGGACCAAGGGGCCAAUCCAAAUUUAGAUUUGAUUAAUGAAGCGAACACAUUAAAUAAAUCAAAUGCAAAUGCAAAAGUUCAUGAUUCGCAGCGAUUGCCCGAUUUUUCGGGCUCUUCCUAUGCUCUUAACCAUCAAGAGUCUCCCGUUCUUUCAUUCUCCAACGCCAACUCUUCCUCUUCCUCCUCCGACGUCUAUUCAGAAGCAGAUGAUGAUAUUGUCGGCGAAGAUGAUGAAGACGAAUCGGAAGAAGAUGAAAAUUAUGUCGAUUCCGAUGAAGAACAACGGCGGCUCAACUAUAAUAAGCGAACAGCAAAAAUGGCCUCCAUUCGACAAUCAGGCGCCAUCAAUUCAGAUUCAAGUUUAACAUCACAAACCGUGGUUGCAAAAAGAGGGCGCAAGCCAAAGAUUCCUGGAGAACCGCCCAGGCCACGGGGCCCUCCAAGGGGUCCAAGAGGGCCUUACAAGCCAAGAAGAGCAAAGGACCCCUCUGUUGCCUCGCAGGCCCCAUCUAGGCCGUUUGCUUACAUGCCGCCUCGAGCUUAUCAAUCGACCUCCAACCUCUCCUAUGAGUAUCCCUAUCGCCAUCCUGCAUUAAAUGGCUUGCCUCCCCAGGCCAUUUUGGUGCCCAUGCCUGGGCCAAAUGGAAUUCCCAUUAUGGUUCCAUAUCUUCCGGCUUCCAUGGUUAUGCCGCAGGCAUCUUUGGCCGCAUCAAGGCCACCAACUUUAGUUGAAAAUGCGUCUUCUUUUGCUGCCACCGAGGCUGCAUCCAACAGUGCGCCAAAUGCUGCAUUUAAUCAAGGCCAGGUGGCCGCAAGCACCCAAAUGCUGCCGAUUCCCAUCAUUACAACACCUUCAGGCGUAAUGGUUUCUACCACGACGGGACAAAUUAUACCAUCCCCACCGCAAUUUCGACUAGAUAACCCUGUGCCCCUCGCGCCUCAAACCCUUCCCCAAGCACAAUUUGAUGGUAACCCUCAACUGCCCGUUUCUGGCGUUCAGCAACAAAGUCAGUAUCAACAACACGCCCCUUCUCAAAUAAUCCCGCAAGCUCCUCAAAGGCUGAUUGAUGCCAAUUUUGAUGCUACCGGCCCCUCAUUAGUUAAAGAUAGGGCCCGUAGGUCAAAUAUAAAGUCUGUCAAUUACUCCUCGUUUGAUCGUGACAAUGAAGCCACUGAAGAAGAUAGAGAAGCCAAAAUUUAUGAGCUUGAAUCGACUGCUGCCGCUCAAACCAAUGCUACAAAAAAGAAAUUUAAACAUGAAAAUGUUGAGGCUGCAGAUACGAUACACAACGAGUCUCCCCAAUCCACCGGUGCGUCAGAAGCUAAAAGCCCACCGUCCAAUUCACACGAAGAUACCGAUGAUGAUGUAGAUGAUUUAGAAGGUGGCGAUUAUCUUCCUUUGGUCGAAAAGAUCGUCGCUGUCUCGAUCAAUGGAAGCAUAGUUUCCAUUGAAGAUGCUAUCUCUCACAACGAUGCCAAUGUUCUGAUAACUCCAGGGGCCGAGCAUGAAGUUGAUGGCAUGAGGCUAUUGACGGCAAACAAAGACCUCUCCAAUGUGCUCAAGCAACAAAACAUGGACAGGGAACCAUCUGCAAAACGGACCCUUUCAAAAAGCAAUCAAGUCGAGGGCCUUCAGUUGUUUCUGGUUAAAGCAACAAACCGUUCAUAUUGGCAUCUUGAAUGGGUCACCAAAGACCUGAUUCUGGCCGAGCAUGGCGGGAACGUUCGGUAUCACCGCUUUAUAGGCAAACCGGCCAAUCUUUCGCUCACACCACCCUACUUUGAUGAAAACUACCUUGUAAUUGAUCGGAUCUUGGAUCUAUAUAUUGAGCAGAAAGACGAAGAUUCCCUUGAUGCCGAUGGUGAUGGUGCUGGCGAUAACAAUCCAAGCGAAGAAGAUCAUUGUGCUAGCACCGAGUCAUCAGACUCAUCUAAAAAUUCGAUUAAAGCCCCUCCCCCAUUGGAAGGCCGAAGAUCUUUUCUGAUCAAGUGGAAGAAUCUUUCCUAUGAUGUAACGACUUGGGAAUAUGAAGAUACUAUUCGGCUAAAGGAUCCCGAUCGAGCAUCCCAGUUGAUUGAUAGCUUUUUGUCGGCCCGUGAACCUACAGAGCGCAAAAUACAGACAUCCAAAAUGCUUGUGGAUGUUAAAAGCUCCAAUACCACCAUUCCCAGGCCACAAUAUGCCCCUAUUACAGAUGCCGAGUGCGAGUUGCUCUGGGGUAGCUCCAAAAGGGUGUUACGUCCAUACCAGCGAGAAGGUGUCGAUUGGCUCUCGUUUUGCUGGUGCCAGCGCCAGCCUUGCAUCAUUGCUGACGAGAUGGGCCUUGGAAAGACAAUCCAAGCUGCUGCCUUUUUGGCUCGCAUUUCAAGCGAAUCUUUCGGUCAGGUGCCUGGGCCUUUUCUUGUCAUCUCCCCGCUAUCGUGCAUCCCACACUGGGAGCGCGAGCUCGCCGGCUGGGCACCUUCUCUUUCUGUACUGACAUACCAAGGGCGUGCAAGCGAUCGCGAGGCGCUUUUUGAAUACGAGUUUUGGUACAAGGACGAGGAGAAAAACCAGCUGAACCUUCCAGGAAUUGCAAAAUUUGACGUGCUGCUCGCCUCGUAUGAGAUGGCGGUCUUGGGACAGGCACACCUGCGAACAGUUCCUUUUCGGAUCGGAAUCUUUGACGAGGCACACCGUUUAAAAAACCGCGCGUCUAGAAUUGCGGAGAUUUUGAACACCUUUCGCAUUGAACACAAAAUCUUACUGACAGGGACACCACUGCAGAACUCCAUCGAAGAGCUCUUUGCGCUACUGACGUUCAUACAGCCGUGGCGCUUUUCAGACGAGGCAGCCUUUUUGGCAGAGUACGGACGAAUGGAGCGGCCAGAAGACGUCGCUAAAAUUCAGCUCAUGUUGCGUCCGCUGAUGCUUCGAAGAUUGAAAGAAGAUGUGGAGGCAUCGAUCCCGCUACGCGAGGAGACCAUCAUUGAGGUAGCACUUUCGUCCGUACAAAAGCGGUACUAUCGCGCCAUUCUGGAACGCAACCUGACAUAUCUUGCUGGCGGGGGUGGAGGCGCCGCCGGACUGUCCUCAUUGGCCAACGCCAUGAUGGAGCUACGCAAGACCUGCAUGCAUCCAUUUCUAAUUGAAGGCGCCGAGGAUGCCCUCACUCAGGGAGCCGACUAUCACUAUGUGCUGACACACGUUUCCUCAAAGCUGCUGCUUGUUGAGAAGCUGCUACGCAAGCUCCGGGAAGAUACAACACCGCAUCGUGUUUUGAUCUUUUCGCAGAUGACGCGAAUGCUGGAUCUGAUUGAGACUUUAUUGGAGGCCCAUUCAUAUCCCUGGGAGCGCAUUGAUGGCAGGGUACGCGGAGAUUUGCGCCAGGCGGCAAUUGACCGCUUUUGCGACCAAGAGCGGGACGCCUUUGUUUUUCUUCUUUGUACCAGAGCCGGGGGUGUGGGAAUCAACUUGACCGCCGCAGAUACUGUCAUCAUUUUCGAUUCCGACUGGAAUCCGCAAAAUGACAUACAGGCGAUGGCACGGUGCCAUCGCAUCGGUCAAACGCGGCAGGUGAAAGUCUAUCGGCUCAUCUGCACAGGAACAUAUGAGCAGGAAAUGUUAGAGCGUGCAGGCCGCAAAUUGGGUCUGGAUAGGGCUAUUUUACAGAAAAUGGCGCCCGGGAAAGAUAUCACACCAACGGGAACAGGCCCCACUUCGAAUGGAGCCACUGGAUCUGGUGAUGUAUCUGGGGUUGCCGGCAUCUCCACCACUGGAGGGCUUUCUUCCUUUUCGCGAAAGGAAAUCGAGCACCUUCUUCGCAAGGGCGCGUAUGGGGCCAUCUUCAAUGACGAAGAAGACCCUGGAGCUAUUGGAAAAAUCCCGCAAGAAGAUGAAGAUAUCGACGUCAUACUCGAACGACGGACGCGUGUAAUUACACACACAGAUGAAGAGACAUCCGCGGAAAUGGCGCCUGAACAGGGCUCGUCUAUCUUCAGCAAGGCAUCAUUUGUGCCCUCGAAAAGUAACUUUGGUGUCGACGUAGACGACCCCAAUUUCUGGGUACUAUGGGCGCGACAUGUGCGCGAAGGCGAUGCAGCAAGCGGCGCAGAUGGAAGCAAGUCUCGCCGGUUUGCCGAUGCCAUCACUUCGCCCUUGGAAGAAGACCAACGGCGUUUCAAGCGACAACUUAAACGGAUCACUCGGGAGGGGCGCUCUUAUUUAGGUUGUGCUAGUGUGGUCUCUCUUUCAAGCCCGCAGGGCGUGGAAUUGGAUUCUGAGACCCAAAGUACAGGGCCUGGCGGCUUGUCUGACACCAAAAGGGUCUGUUCGGACGCAGAAAAGAUUCUCAAGGCACUGCUGCGAUUUGGAUUUGGACGAUCACGCCUAAUUAGCGAUAGCAUGGACGGACGCUAUACGACUGCUUUGAUACGGAAGAUCACAAAGUCUUUGAUGGAAGACCACAUCCUCAAAAUGGACCUUGAUGCGGUGGACAAGACGCUCGUGAGCGACUCUACUUCGCUUCUUUUAUUGAUAGACGAUGAAGAGAUAGCAGAGGAAGAUGACACGGACAGCUCAUGCAUAGACGCAGCGGUUGAUGUCGAAUGUCGAGCAAUUCUUGAUCUGGUUGGGAGUAGCACGUCGCUUUUCGAGGUUCUUCUUAUCCGUGCCUCCAUAAUGCGGCUACUUGGCAGGGUUAUUGACCAGCUUUUCCUCUCGGUCCCUCGGAAAGGAAAAAAGACCGCAAAUUUGCGCGGCAGUGCAUGGUUAGAUGCGGAUGCUGGGGCUGCGUUCACAUUCCUGGGAGUUAGCACUUCGUCGUCCGGAUUGCGCUCCAAGGCUCCUUCUGCAAAAGCCUUGGCGACCUUUUCUGCAGCACUCGCGUCGUACGACUGGCCGGCCGGUGUCGACGAAGCCAGCAAUGAUGGUACAUUGCCCACAUGGUGGCAGGUGCCGCUGCAUGAUGCGACAUUUCUGUUGACGGUGUGGAUUAAUGGCCUGGGCACGUCCUUUGCAGAUCUUUUUUCUGAUCGGCGACUUUUCCCCCCAAAUGACGAGGAACACCUAGAUGAGCGGAAACUCGAGCAGCGGUUUAGAACACUCGUUGCUCAUGUUGGCGAUGGAAUUGAGACGCGUAUACUUGAAAAGAUCGGAAGAAAGGAGGAUAGCUCCGCAAGUAAAUUCAACCAAUUUGAUAUUGCCCUCCCGCCCUCGAGGCCACGAAAGACUCCCGAUGGGUUCCUUUUUGCGGCAAAUGAGGAAGACGAGGAUGAAGAAGAGCUGUGGGAAGAUAACCAUUCGUCCAAAAAGAGCGACCGUAGCGAGCAACGGGCUUCUCAAAAGCGCAUUGGCAAGCGGCGUGGCCAAGUUGUUGACGAUGACGACGAGUUUGAGGCUGAAGCUGAAGUUGAAGCAGAGGUGGCUGCUCCAAUUCGACGCGGGGCUACCUCAUCCAGACACGCUACGCCACGAGGAGCCUCUACCGGUGGCACCACUGCAAACAAUGCCAAAGGUGGCAAUUCGAAGAACCAAAAAAAAAACACAACUCGCCCGACGUCCCCUCGUAUCAAGCUGCGCAUGACUGCAGCACCUCAAUAA